UAUUUAUUAUUAUAUUAUUAUUCUACUUAGCUCAGACCAAUGGCAACUUGACUGUGGACUUUUUCUUCUCUUUGUUCCAAUCCCAGAAUCCCUUUUCUCCUCCUCUUCCCUCCCUUUCUAUUAUUCUUUUGGCCACCAACAUUGAAACCCUUCUUCUUUAUUGAUUCCUGAUUUGGAUGAACAUACGAAGUUGCUACUCUAUACAAAUUUCUUAUUUUUGGGAAUUUAACUGUGCUGCUGGAUGCCCCAGUUGCUCAGAGAUUGAAACUUUGAUAUAAUAUAUGGGGGGUCUUUGUUCCAAGUCUGCCAAGGGUGGUGACAGGGUGGUUGCCACCACAGAUGGCGCCAAAGAAAACCAUAAGAGCUACAAGACCACCGUGCCUUCUGAUUUGGCACCUGCGCCUCACACAAAGGAGGACAGUAACAAGCAUGAACGUGGUGCUGAGAAUGCUGCAGGGACUGGUCCUGAUGAAUUCUAUGAUGGAAUCCCACGCUAUAAUGAUUCUUUUCCGAAUAAGUCAAGGUCUGUAAGGUCAAGGCAGACUGCUGUUGCAAAGGUUUCAGAGGUGAGUUCACGUCUAGGCAGAGCCGGUACUUACGGAAUCGGGAAGGCAGUUGAUGUUUUGGACACCCUUGGAAGCAGCAUGACAAGUUUAAGUGCUGGCAAUGGGUUUGUUUCGGGCACCGUGACAAAAGGGAAUGAAAUUACUAUCUUAGCAUUUGAGGUAGCAAACACAAUUGUGAAGGCUUCUAAUCUUAUGGAAUCUCUUUCUCCUGCAAGUAUUAAGCACCUGAAAGAAGAGGUGCUUCCUUUAGAGGCUGUGCAAGAUUUGGUAUCAAAGGAUACGGAUGAACUUCUAAGAAUUGUUGCUGCAGAUAAGAGGGAGGAGUUGAAAGUUUUUUCUGAUGAAGUGAUUCGAUUUGGAAAUCGUUCAAAGGAUCCUCAGUGGCACAACUUGGACCGUUACUUUGAGAAAAUUAGCAGAGAACUUAAUCCUCAAAGACAAUCAAGGGAUGAGGCAGAAUUGAUCAUGCAGCAAUUGAUGAACUGGGUUCAAUUUACGGCUGAAUUAUACCACGAGUUACAUGCUUUGGAUAGAUUUGAACAAGAUUAUCAACGUAAGCGUGAAGAAGAGGAUAACUCAAGUGCAACUCAAAGCGGUGAUAGCCGUUCAAUCUUAAGGGCAGAAGUAAAAAGCCAAAAGAAGCAAGUUAAACAUUUAAAGAAAAAGUCGCUCUGGUCCAGAAGCUUGGAGGAGGUUAUGGAGAAGCUUGUAGACAUUGUAAGUUUUUUACAUCUGGAGAUAGAUAACAUCUUUGGCAGUCCAGAUGUCCGUAAACCAUUAAUCGGAACCAUGAGCAAUCGCCAAAGAUUGGGCCCUGCGGGCCUUUCUUUGCAUUAUGCAAAUAUAGUGCUUCAAAUUGAUACUCUUGUUGCCAGAUCCAGUUCUAUGCCUGCGAAUACGAGAGAUUCGUUAUAUCAGAGCUUGCCUCCUAAUAUAAAGUCAGCUUUGCGUUCCAAAUUACCGUCCUUUCAUGUUGUAGAAGAGCUCACUAUAGCAGAUAUAAAAAAUGAGAUGGAGAAAACAUUGCAUUGGUUGGUUCCAAUUGCUACAAAUACAGCCAAGGCCCAUCAUGGUUUUGGUUGGGUAGGAGAGUGGGCAAACACUGGCUCUGAGCUGAAUAAGAAGACCUUGAAGACCGAUAUAAUGCGGAUCGAAACAUUCCACCAUGCAGAUAAAGACAAAGUGGAAAAUUAUAUUCUUGAACUUCUCUUGUGGCUUCAGCGUUUGGCCAUCAAAAGUAAGGUUGGCAUAGAUGCAGGCGAAAUGAGGCCUACCACGAAAUCUAUCGGCACUGCUCCACAGAAGACAAAUCAUUCUGAAUCGCCGUUGCUAACAACUGAUGAGCAGAACAUGUUGCAGGAUGUAAGUAAGAGAUUCCGAAUGAGAGGGAUCAGUAAAAGCUUGGACCUGGACAGUGUGAAGGCUAGCUUGACAGACAAGAGCAUACUUACAAAGAGUAGCAGUUACUCAUCAACGGUUAGAUGCAAGGAAUUUUCUUUUAAUAGGAUUUGCUCUAAGCUUCCCGUGAUUGAUUUUGAUAUCGACAAGAAGAGAGCGUUGGAUCUGAUCGAUAGACUAGACGUGCCUAGAUAAUUUGCAACCAUGAAGACAGAGUUGUUGUCCUUGUGUAAAUAUGAAGCAGCAUAUUAUUCAGGCUCCAAGUGCUGAAUGCAAGCCUUGCAUGGGUGGUGUUGUGCACCAUGAUUGAUGUAGAUAGUUGCUGUCUUGUCUGAAAUUGAGGGCAUUGUUGAGAAGAUAGGCAUCAAUGUUUGCAGUGGUUGCCCGUUUGGCUUUAGAACAGGGUGGUUUCUGUUUUUGGUUCUUGAUAGUGAGCGAGUGUAUAGACAAUAUAAUAUGAGGAUAUGGCAAGGUUUGUAUUAUCAUAUAAUAUUAUUAUUUAUUUAUCCUCGUUAUAUUUUUUGGCCAA